AUGUUGAUAAACUGCUCGAAUUUUGCCAACGCCGAGUGGGCAACUUGCGCCGGAAUUGUACCGAUGAGGUACCGGAACGACAAGAUCUCGAUAACGGAUUUUGGAGGGGUAGGUGAUGGGAGAACAUUGAACACAAAAGCAUUCAGAGCAGCUAUAUAUAGAAUUGGGCAUUUGAAGAGGAGAGGAGGCACACUGCUUUAUAUUCCUCCAGGGGUGUAUUUAACAGGACCCUUUAAUCUCACUAGCCAUAUGACUCUCUACUUGGCUAGAGGCGCUAUUAUCAAAGCGACCAAGGAUACCCGGCAUUGGCCAUUAAUAGCCCCGUUACCUUCUUAUGGUAGAGGAAGAGAACGACCUGGAGGAAUGUACAUUAGUUUUAUUCAUGGGGACGGGCUGCGUGACGUGAUAAUCACAGGUGAGAAUGGCACAAUUGAUGGACAAGGUGAUGUCUGGUGGAACAUGUGGAGGCAAAGAACCCUUCAGUUCACUAGGCCCAACCUUGUUCAGUUCAUGAACUCCAGGAAUAUAAUCAUUUCCAAUGUAAUAUUCAAGAACUCGCCGUUUUGGAACAUUCAUCCCGUAUAUUGCAGCAAUGUUGUUAUUCACUAUGUCACCAUACUGGCUCCGGCUGACUCUCCCAACACUGAUGGAAUCGAUCCAGAUUCAAGCUCCCAUGUCUGUAUUGAGGAUUCCUACAUAUCAACUGGAGACGACCUAGUAGCAGUGAAGAGUGGGUGGGAUGAGUAUGGCAUUGCAUACGGUCGGCCUAGUCACGGCAUCACAAUCCGUAGGGUAACUGGAUCAUCACCAUUUGCCGGAAUCGCAGUUGGAAGUGAGACUUCAGGUGGCAUUGAAGAUGUUCUAGCCGAGCACAUAAACUUAUUCAACAUGGGAGUCGGCAUCCAUUUGAAGACAAAUGUAGGUCGAGGAGGGGUUAUACGAAACAUUACAGUCUCCAACGUCUACAUGGAGAAUGUCAGGAAGGGGAUAAAGAUCUCUGCCGAUGUUGGAGACCACCCUGACAACAAGUUUAACCUGAAUGCUCUUCCCGUGCUUAAGGAUGUCAAAAUUAAGGAUGUCUGGGGUGAAAACGUUCAACAGCCAGGUUUGAUUCGCGGUCUGAAAAAUGCACCAUUUUCGGGGAUUUGUCUCUCUAAUAUCCAUCUCCGUGGUGCCCCAGGUCCGAGAAAUUGGCAAUGCUCUGAUGUAACUGGGGCUGCUAUUCAGGUUAGCCCAUGGCCAUGUUCUGAGCUCACCAGUCGGCCGCAAUAUAGUGAAUGCUAUAGUUACUUUUGA